UUUACUCCGGCGCACUGCUGGAGCUUGCAGUGCACAUUGCAUUGUCCUUCUCGACGGCAAGGGCGGUUUGGUGUUGGGGCGAGAGAAGAGGGCGUCGUCGUUAUCCGGGCGCAUAAGCUGAUUUGCUCCCAGCGGAGGACGGACGGUCGAGGGGAUCUCGCGGACGCUAGCCAGCCAUGUCAUUGGCUCCGCACGAGACCUUGGGCUCCCGUACCGUCGAGGCCGAGCCGCAGCUGGAAGAAGACGAGGUCAAGCCGUCACAACAAGAGGAGGGUCAUUUUUUCGAGGCUGCAGCAGCAACGAGGAAAGGCAAGCCAGGUCCACCCUCUUUCGUUUCGCCCUCCGAAGCGGACGGCAUGGCGGUUGACACGGUACAGGACGGCAUGGACAACUCGUCGGAUGAUCCUACCGGAAAACUGUCACCGCGAUCACCGAUCCCAAACGCGGAAAAAGUACCCCCUCGAUUGGCGGACGACGAGAUAGAAUCUCUACCACCCACUCGACUGGGGGACCUGACGCUCCCGCUGCUGGAAUCGUAUGACCCAACCAGGUCGCCGCCGGUAUGCCUUCCGCCCUCCGCCUCAACCGGGUACACCGAUGAAGUCGACGCGGUCAGCCCAGCCGGUAGCGCAACUUCUCCAACCAGCAGCAGACACAAGGUCCACGAAACGCUCGCGUUUUCGGACGUGGGGCCAGAGGGAGCAGGCGCACCAAGGGGUAAAGAGGGUCAACAUGUUGCUGCUAUUUCGCCGCCCGCACACACGUUGCUCCACCUUCCGCGCGGGAGGCCCGCGCCGUUUUUCGUCGACAGUUACGAGGAGCCCGCCAACGAGAUAAAGGCUUGAUGACGGGACAGUGUUGAGUUCCACGCGAUUUCGAUAUUAGGUUGCUUUUGGGUGACGCUUUUUACCCCCACACCUACCCCCAACCUUAUACCCGUCUCCGAAUUCGGACGACGAUACGAAUGACACCAGUCGUGCUUAGCGUCCACCUUUUUGUAAGUAUUCUCUACUGAAGGUGAAGCACGUCCCAUCAAAAGGGCGGGCAGGCCCACGAGAAAAUAAUGUGUGGGUAUCUGAGAGGGUCAUUAACUAAGUUGCGCUUGCGAUUGGCCAUCCACAUCAUCGUUUACCAUAGUCCAUUGAGCGUUGAGCACGAAAAGCCAGCUGAAUUGUUGUAAACCUAGAAGAACGAAUUGGCGUUCGCGUUGCGACCCUUCCUGCUUGCGAGGGAACCACACGUAGUCUCUUGAACACGCUAGGACAGUAGGAAAAACGUGCUGUGUUGUGUUUGAGUUUCCUUUGUCAAAUGUUGCUUGAGAGCUUCGAUCGACGAUCCCGAACAAUUUACCUCCUGGGUGUUGCGUCAGUGCCAUGGUGAAGCUGCUGAGAAGCUUGCAGUUCGUUCUGUGGUUUCACAGAGAUUGUGGGCGUUUAUUGCCGACAUGCCGCGGGGUGCAGAGUGCCGAGAUCGGGAGGUGUAGACUAUUUGGUUAAUUUUGGGGGGGAACUCUGACGGUGUAUUCCAUUGGUAGAAAAACUCUAUCGAGCUGAUCGGAUGAACGUAUCCUCGCGAUUUUCUGAAUGUAUUGCUUAGCUGAAUCUUCAUUAUGUGGUAUUUUGCGAUAUUUCUUCCCCUUGCUAGGUGCCCUGUCCUAUAGCACGAAGUUUGGGUGGAAGGUUUGACCAUCCGUACCGGUGCUUGUCGGGGGAUUUGGUCUUGCUUUGGGCAUUCGUCGGGGCCCUUGAACAUUGUUACACUACUGUAGCUCGUGAUUAUUCGUUUUUUUAUUAAAGCCCGGGGAUAACCCCAGCCUCAUCUCAAGUCAACUUUGUUUGGCUAGUAGGGAGGGAGCAAUACAUUUGGCUGAGUAGGGGCGUGGCCAGGGGAAGAGAGAGAACGUUUGUUCGUGCGGAGUAUGGCGCGAAGUGGCCGGACGUAUCACGAGGAGCGGCAGCAACAGCAGCGGACACAACCACGCGGCAACCCCGCUCGUUCUUCCUCUGCGCAGAGGGCGAGGGGAGUCUCCGUCUCUGUCUCACUCUCCAUGAAGAGAAACGAUGGUG